UUCAAAACAGUUAACAAUAAAUAAUAAUCAAUCAGUAAGUUUAAGAUUUGUAGAUUCAUUUAAAUUUUUAUCGUGUAGUUUAGAUCAACUAGCUAAAAAUCUUAAUGAUGAUCAGUUUACAGAACUAAAAAGGAACUAUCCUAAUAAUGAAGAUUUUUCACUUUUAAGACGGAAAGGUAUUUAUCCUUAUGAAUUUAUGUGUAAUAGUGAUUGCUUGAAACAUCCAUCACUUCCUGAUCAACACCAUUUUUAUAGUUCACUCACAGAUACAAAUAUUUCAAAUGAUGAUUAUAAUCAUGCAAAAGAUAUUUGGCAACAUUUUAAGUGUAGUAGUAUGUCCGAUUAUUCCGAUUUAUAUUUAAAAACUGAUGUUUUACUUUUGACUGAUGUAUUCGAAAACUUUAGAAAGCUUUGUAUUAAAACUUAUGGAUUAGAUCCUGCUCAUUACUAUACUGCCCCAGGUUUAAGUUGGGAUGCAAUGUUAAAAUUUACCAAAAUAGAAUUAGAAUUGUUAACGGACUAUGACAAAAUUGCUUUUUUUAAAGCUGGUAUUAGAGGGGGUGUAUCUCAGUGUAGCAAUCGUUUUGCUAGAGCAAAUAAUAAAUUCAUGGAGGAUUAUGAUAGUGAAAAACCUAAUUCAUAUCUAACAUAUUUUGAUGCGAAUAAUUUAUAUGGUUGGGCAAUGUCUCAAUCUCUUCCUGUUGGUGGUUUCGAAUGGAUAGAUUCUAAUACAGAUUAUAAUGUACCGGAUAACUCUGAUUUCGGUUAUGUUUUAGAAGUUGAUUUGGAAUAUCCUGAUGAACUUCAUAAUUUGCAUUCUGAUUUUCCGUUAUGUCCUGAAAACAUAUGUGUGGGUAAUACUAAAGAAACUAAAUUAGUUCCUAAUUUAAAUAAUAAAAAUAAAUACAUCAUUCACUACAGGAAUUUAAAACAAUGCAUUGAAAUGGGAAUGAAAUUAAUUAAAGUACAUAGAAUUUUAAAAUUUAAACAGAGUUCUUGGUUAAAGAAAUACAUAGACUUAAAUACUACUUUGAGAACGUUAGCUACAUCAAACUUCGAAAAAGACUUUUUUAAAUUAAUGAAUAAUUCUGUCUUCGGUAAGACUAUGGAAAAUAUUGAAAAAAGAGUAAACGUUAAACUACUAACUCACUGGGAUAAUCGUGGUAAAGUUUUAGGUGCUCAGGAUUGGAUUGCAAAACCAGAAUUCCAUAGUUUAUCAAUAUUUUCAGAACAUUUAGUCGCAAUACAAUUACGUAAAACAAAAUUAAUUUAUGAUAAGCCGAUUUAUUUAGGAUUUUGUAUUUUAGAUAUAUCUAAGACCCUUAUGUAUGAAUUUCAUUACAACUACAUGAUUAAAAAGUUUCAUAAUAAAAUUAAGUUAUUGUACACCGAUACCGAUAGUUUGAUAUAUCAAAUUUUUACAGACAAUUUUUAUGAGGAUAUAAAACCAGAUCUACCUCACUAUUUCGAUACAUCAGAUUACCCGGAAAAAUAAUUAGGUUAGGUUAGGUUAGGUUAGAUUUUGAUAAAC